UGAAUGAUCAAUGAGGAAGGUUUUGCAAAGAUUUUUGGAUUGAGAACCUUUGAAAAUCUGAGUAAAUAGACUUUUCAACAAUGAUUGAUGGUUUUGGUUACUUCUAAAAUCACCUGAUAAUAAGUCUUCGUCAAAAUUGUUAUUUGAUUAUAAUUUUUUGAUAUUGGUUCUGUUCAACACCAUUCAUAGUUAUUUAUAUUUUUCAUGUUAGAAGUUAUGCAGCUAAAGAUUAUGUGUAUGCAUUUUAAUAGCUAGUUUUCUUUUGUAAAUUAAGUCAUUUGGAAUCUGUAAAGGACCGAAUCUCGGGUUUAAGCUUGAUUCUCUGUUUGAAUUUAUGUGGCAUUGUCACAAUUCUUACGAUUUAGUUGAUGUUUUGAGUAUCCAUCUUUGAUUGCAUUUGAUAGAGGGGCGUGCCAUGGAGUAAAUAAGACAAGAAGUGUUGUAAUGUAUCUCCACGGUUUGUCCAACGACGAUAUUUCGUGUAAGAAACGUUUUGAAUCGUAUGAAGAAAGUUCUAAGAAGAAUCAAAUCAGAAUGGUAACUCUUUUUGGGCAGCAGGUGUAUACCGCGAAAGGCGAAAGCUUUGUUUCGGGUAUUGAGCAGGUGAAUAGAAACUGCCUUAAUCCACUGAUGAAAGAUUGUGAUCUUUUACUUCUCGAAAAUCAUGAAAGCGUCGAAUGCCGAGAAUUCCACAGCAUUGGUUGUUCCCAAGAUACCAUAUGGAUUGAAGCAUAUGGCACAAAUAUGUUUGGCAAGAAAAGUGAGAAAGUGAAUAUCUCAGAUGGAUCAGGUUUGCUGGAUCUUAAUAAAUCCCCGGCUUAUGAGCCGGUUUCCAAUGACUAUCAAUGCGGUUUAAAUGGUGUCCAUGAAAAAGAUUGGGCAGCAUCUCCAGCUUCAUGUUGCACCGCAGAAAACAGUUCAAAGAUUGAAGGUGAAGAUUCGUGUGAAGUAAUUCAAAUGGCAGCUGAAUGUUUAGUCCACAUUUCAGCGGUUACUCUCAAUCAAAGUCAGGAUCAAGAAAUUCUUAAUAAUCACAAGAUGGGUGUCCAAGAACCGGGUCGAUCUUGCGAUUCAUUUGAGCUACACACUUUAGGAAUAAGAGAAACUAUCCCUGAAGAGCUCUGUUGUGUAUCAUCAAAGGCCAUAGAUAACUUCAGUAACAAGAAAGAGUUUGGAGUCAAGCUGAGAAGAGGGAGGAGAAUGAAGAAUUUCCAAAAAGAGAUACUCCUGGAACUUGUAUCGCUCUCUAGACAUGAGAUCCGAGAAGAUAUAAACCUCUUAGAGACUAUUUUGAGAUCGAGAGAUUACAAGAAGAUGCAGGGGAAGAAUACUAAAGAUGGAAAAUGUAGACCAAACCGGAGAAACAACAAAGGUUUGACUCAAAGGUAUGUAGGUAAAAUGAGGAGACAAUCCGGAUGACAAAAUUCCCGGUGUUUGCGGUUUUAUAGACAUUGCUCUAGCUCCAUUUGUUUAGCUUUAACACAUAGCAGUUAUCAAAAUGAUUGAUUGAAGUUAGAGGAACUUUUUGAGUCUAUGAUCUUCAAAGAUUAGUUGGUUAUUUAAAAUUCUUUAAAGAUUCGUUAGGAUGAUUCCGUAAA